GGCAGCUGGCCGCGAACCAGUCCAGCAUCACCGCCCUCAACACCAGUCUGACGACAGGCCUGGCCGCGAAGGCCAACCAGAGCGCGCUGGACGCCCUCCAGCUGGAGGUCCAAGGCAAGAGCACGCCGGCUUCUGUGGACACCAAACUAGCGAGCUACAGCACCACGGCUGCGAUGAACUCAGCCAUUACGAGCGCAAACAACGCGACGCUAGCCACUGUGAGCAGCACCUAUGCCCUUCGAACGAUAACAGACCAGUUGGCUUUAGAUCGGGCAGCCAAGCUGUCCGGGGCUGACGUCGAUAUGAAAAUAGCCACGGCGCUUUUGGACAGGCCCAACACCACCGACUUGACGGCCGCGGUCAACUUGAAAACCACACCUGCCGAUGCGGACCAAAAGGUUGCGACCGCCCUCCUGACCUACGUCACGCGGACGGCUCUGAACGCUGCUUUGGCCCUUCGCGAUGGCAGGCUGGACGCCGCCGAGGCAUCCAUAGCGAGCUUGCAAACGGCAGGGUUGAAUGCGCUGCUGGCCGUCAGGGAUGGGCGCUUGGACGCCGCGGAAGCCUCGAUUACAGGCCUGCAAACGGCGGGCUUCCAGACCUCGGCGGAGGUGGCCGCGCCGUCGCCACGGCCCUGCUGCCUUAUGUUCAGCAAAGCAUGCUGGACGCUGCGCUGGGCCUGCGCGACCUCAGACUGGACAGCGCAGAGGCCAACAUCCUGGCACGCGGGGCCCUUUGCUAGCGCUGCUGAUCUGGAUUCCCUGGAAACCAGCCUUCAGAGCUCUAUCGACGCCGUGCUGGCGCAGCUGGCGGUGCUGGCUGCCGGCGCCAUGCAGAACGCUCCCGAAUGGGCCGGGCAGACUAACUUGGAGCUGCUGGUGGGCGCCAGCACUCUGCGGCGGCUGCAUGUGACAGCUCCGCUGAGCAUCAGCGGACGCUGCCAUCGCAGCGCGGCAAUCACAGCCGCCCUGGCAGCCUUCAGCAACACUGCUGAAGUCAACGGGUUGAUCGCUGCGGCCUUGGCCGCGCCCAGCACAACCGCUGAAAUGAACUCUGCCAUCGCUGCAGCGGUGGCCGGCAUCGAUCUGAGUCCGUAUUACACCGCCGCUCAAACCGACGCUGCCAUCACGGCUCCUUUGGUGCCCGUGACCUUGUCCAAUGCCCCGGCUUGGGGCGCCAAUCCACCCACUUGGGAGCCUUUAAAGGGCGCCAACGUGCUGCGGAACCUGCACUUUGCUGGCGCGCUCAGCGCAAUUCUGCAGAACAACACAGACACGCUGGAAAUCGACUGCGACAGCUUCGAAAAGGCUGAAACAUACACCCAGGCCCGCUUCUGGGACGGGCAAGCGCGUCGCG